AUGUUUGCGCGCGCUCUUCGUGCCGAAACAAGAAGUCGUGCGAAAGACGACAUCAAGCGUGUUCACAAUUCGACAGAAAAGGUCACCAAAUGGUACGUUCGGGCUCAACAGACAUUAUGUUUCAUCUAUUUCUACACAUUUUGUUCAUUCCACCACAACAGUCUCCUGUAAUUAAUUUCUACCAUCAUUUCAGUUACGAAAUACGAGACAAAGUGAUCACGUCAUGUUUGUAUAUUGCCUCUGGAUUGACUUUCGUGGCCACUUUAUUCUUUAUUUUGGGUAUCCCAUAGGCAAUUGCUUCGUAUGUAAUCCUCAUUUGCCACUCAGACAUCUAAACCUUGUACCCCACUCUUGGCCCAUAGGGGCUUUCUAUCUGUGACACUUACUACCGCCAGUGUGUUUUCUACCCCGAUUUUAAACUUGCUUUCCAACGUGCUAGUCAGUUCCUCCACUCUCGUAGUCCUUAGUUAAAGAUGCUUCUUCCCUUCGGAAGUGCAAAUCUACUAUCUAUUCGCCUACCCUUUUUGGCUCGUGGAGCAGUGUACUUCUUCAGCAGCUGCAUAUUUGUUGGUGUCGGAGACCAAGAAAGAUAUUAGCCUUGUAUUCUCGAGUCCACUUUGUUAAUCCAUGUCUUGCCUGUUGUCAGUAACCAACAGCACUCAUUGAAAAUUACUUCUGCUUGUUUGCUUAAUGCCGUCACCCUCAGCUAAAUUUUAUAUGCAGGACUUCGAAGCACCGCUAAAAUAAUGCUUUCCAAAAACACAAUACAUUUAGCGAAGGAAUGCUCUACUGAGUGUAUUUUCCCGUUUUUUUUGAGUUACACCUGCAGAUUAUAGUAAAUAUGUAGGAUACUAAACAUCUGAGCACGUGCUUCAGUCCUCGUUAUGUGCAGGCCAUCAAUUGCCCUUGUCUUUCUAUACAUUUUUCGGCACCUACUUCUCGACGCCUUUUUACCAAAUACCUCAUUCAAGGUUGCUAGUGCUCCCUAAAGAAACCUUGCAACACGGGGUAGUCCGACAAUUGCAAGCAAUGGAGUUCACGACGGCUCCACAAGCUGAGUGCAGUCGGAACUUUCGCAUGAGUUUAUUUAUAGCGAAGCUAACUUGCGCUACCUCACACGCAAUUCCAACGCCUAUCUUGUUGCGAUGGCAAGACAGUCUCCUGCGACUGAAGAUAGACGUCGGCUCAAUGGCUUCGAAAGCUGGACGGCUCGUAUACACUUGGAGCGCACGACCUAGUUCCUAACUCCGUGUGUACCGGGCGUCGUUCAAGGGAAGUCUCAAAUCUCGUUGAAAUGGGAGCGUCAUAAGGUUCAUAUUAAGAGGGGUCCGGAGGAGAACCGAGUUACUGACUCCACACAAGCGCUGAUUCCUCUCUCCCCACACGGCCAGACUUCGUACGAUAUUUGGAUCGUCAUGCAACGCCGGCAGAUUGUAUCGAGUGAUUGUUGCAUGAGCGCUGUAUGUUGUUUUGCUGGUCAUUGGCAUAUUUACGCGUUCAUUUGGUUAAACCAUACAUUGUUGAAGUGUGUUUAUGCGUGCGCAUGGAGUGAGACGACGAGGGAGAGACCUGGAACCUGCUGUUUUAUUUGUAACUAUCAUGUAUGUGUAUAUGGCGAUGUCUGAAUAUCUUCGGACAGCGUCGGCAGAUAAGGCGGACAUGACGGCUGUUGGUUGGGACUUUUAGCUUUCAGUCCCGCGUUGCACUACGAUGGAUUCGUCAAUGGCCGACCAGACCAGUGUUUAACUCGAAUGUGAGAUUGUUAACUGUACAUGGCCAGUGACGAGUGGCAACUUCUUUCCAAGGCUUCGGUGAUCGGGAUUCUCUCCUCUCACUUCGCCUUUGUUCUUUGCAGAGGUAACUUGAAGGGGAGUGGGUUAUAUUCCCUUGCCUGACGUUAGUACACAGUCCACGGCCCUGUGCAUUCUAAGUUUUAGGUUCUAGAGGGUGCCAAAUGCCAUGCCGUCUUCUGAGCUCCGUUUCGCAAUUUCGUCCUCCCUUGUUCAUGAUGCCCUUUCAGACUUCACUCCUCGCGUAGGCGAAUUCGCUAACAAUUGUGAACCGUGUUCUAUUGGCACUCAGCAUGAGUUCGUUGCAUUUUGCAGUUGUCGACGACUGGUACACGGUCACUGUGUUCUCCCUGCCACCGUCCAGUCCGAAUUUUGAGUAAUUAAAGGCAGAGAGAACCGCGCUCCGCUGCACAUUCGCUUUUGUGGUGCCCAGCCCACAGUCUUCCUCAAGUAGGUCGCAGACCCCCUUGCUUACUUCAAUGCCAGCCUACGUUCGUUGAAUGUUGAGUAGAUACCCAUUGGUUCUGUAAUUGAUAUUGGUUGGAGGACACUCCUUAUGGAUGGGUCUUCACUAACGUGGUCGUAGACGCGAGGCUGUGAAGGAUGAGCUCGAGAACACUAUUCUGCAAAACACCGUUUGCUCUUGUCAAUGCCUCUGAAACUGACCCACUGUUUUUUGUCAGACGUCAUCAUGCCAUCGUGGGAUUGCCUCACCGUUCACGCAGACCGUUCCAAACAUCUGAUGUCGCCACCAGUUUUCACAGUCCAUCACGGUUCAUGGUGCCAAAAGCAUUGCCACUUUCUUCUAUCUUACAGUCCGCAAAGGCCAUAUUACUCGUUUCAUACCGUCUAGAACUCUGCGUUGUUUCCCUGGCGGAGGGGGACUCUACCACAGGCGUGUAGUUUUUUGGGCGAGUGGUUAGCACGUGGGCGAAUAUCUGGUCUUCAAUGCUGAUGAGGGAAACGGUUACAAACCUGGUAGUUUGUGGAGGUAAACACUGCUGGCGUUCUACAGUCUUGUGGCACUUCUCCUCUCCCCAUCUCCCGAGUUAGCAAGGUCAGCCUAUUUAUAAGUUGCGAGUCACUACAUUCGUGGACUUCUGCUAGGAUUUAAUCCGCGCUCGAACCUCUUCCACCAGGUAUAUGUUGCAGCGCCUUGAUCGCAUCCCUUGGACAGGUGGGCGAUCAGAGCCAGCAUUUGGCGCAGCUUCUGGGAGUAAGUAGAUGCCUGAGGAUGCCCCUAAAUUGCCCGGUCAGGCGCUCCAGAAUCCGCAAUUCCUCCUUCAUCUGUCCGAGUUGACUGACUGUGAAGUCUUGUUUGGUUGAAGACCACAUUAUACUUUGCGACCAUGGAAAAAGCUUUUGUCCCGUCGCAGAUUGCGUAUCCAUAGACUUAUUCUGCCAUACCAGGCAGUUAGUCUGUUCCCGCCUCUUUCAGUUUUUACUGCGCUCGACAUCGACACCCAGAAGAGCACGGCUUUAUUGACGUUUGCCCUGCCGUUGGCAUUGGUUUGUGUUACCUGUUGUCCUUUAAGAGGACUGAUAACGAUAUCGGUCGAAAUAUUGUCCUUUUUAAACUUUCCGCUGCUCUAUAGGCAUUACCAUACUUUAGAAUUAACUGGCUAUUAUUUGCGAGCAUUUACAGUAGGUGGGAUAACUCGUGAAAUGUCGACGAAAUUCCGAAAUGCGUUUUCUCUUCGAAAAAAUUAGUUAAGUAGGGUUGUAAAACUACUCAUCCAGCAGAAUAAUUCUAUAAUAAUUCAGUUACCUCAGGACGCCGGCUUCCGAAUGAACUUUCCGGCUGCAUGCAAAAACUACACUCUGUAGAAGGUGACUGCUUAACUAGCAGUCAUUUUUGUCAUUGAUUUUUGAUGCCCUUAAAACUUCAAUUAUAUUUCAUAGAAAACGUGCAUAAAAAUAUUCAUUCUUUUGCUCAUUCGGAAGAAAAUUACGCCUCCCAGUUUGAUACCCAAAGGAAGCGUGUAAUUUAGUUUUUGAAAGUUUCUAGUUGUGAAUCAACGGCAGCAGUUCCAAAGGAGAGAGUUAAGCAUGACUUAGACCUUCUUCAAGUGUAUGCGAAAACUUUGUUAAGAGACGAUGAGUCACUAAGUGUUCUCAAAGCAUUCCGAAUAGGGAAGAGUCAGUCAGCAUCCGGUUCCAAUUCCCGGCCUCGACCCCUAAAAGUCAUUUUGGAGACUGAAGCACAGGCCCAGCUUCUGUUACAGAGAAAAUCAUCUCUACGGGGUCAGCAUCCUGAAGUUUUUUUUUCAGCCGGAUUACGAGCCAAAAGAGCGAAUGAAAAUGAGAGAGCUGAUGACGGAGCUGGAAGAGCGGAGAAACAGCGGCGAAACACACCUACAAAUCAAGAAUGGACAAAUAAUUCAGGUCCAAAGGACAUUUCUCUGGCCGAAGGCCGUCAUUCUGACAGCCUAACCGAUGCAAACGUGCCAACUCCUGAGGCUGCUCGAACCAGUGGCCGCUGUCUAGAAAUCGAUUACACUAACUGUCAGAGUCAUCUCAACAAGCUAGAUGAACUCAGAUUACUAGUCUCUGAACAGAAGCCACACAUAAUUGUCCUAACAGAGACAUGGUUGACUGAGGAAAUUAGUAGUAGCGAAGUCAGAAUUGAAGGCUACCAACUGUUCCGUUGUGACAGAUUUCACCGUAGAGGUGGAGGCACAGCUAUUUAUGUGUCAAAUGAAAUUGCGUGCUGUCAACGAGAAAUAUCCGAUGGUGCGCCCCGAAAUUUUGAAAUAAUUUCAUGCAAGAUAUGCAUCAAACAAUUACCGACACUGAACCUGUGUGUUGUCUAUCGGCCUCCCAGCUCGAAUGAAAUCGCCGAUAUGGAAUUAUUUAGUGCACUGGAGUUUAUAUGUAAGCAGGAGAACUUACUACUUCUGGGUGACUUCAACGCUCCAGGAAUAGACUGGAACAUUCCCCUAACAAACGCCCCGUCCACGUCAUUUGACCACAAGCUACUACAGCUCUCCCUGAAUGAAUACCUAAUUCAGCACAUAAAAUUCGGAACAAGAAUGAGAGAAGGACAAAGAUCUAACUGUUUAGAUCUCGUUUUCAGUAAAGAAGAAGGACUCAUAAAGGAAGUGAAUCCACAACCUCCACUCGGUUUAAGCGGUCAUAUUGCUUUUACCUGCGUGUGCUCUCUCCUAUCCAACCAACAACCAAAUAUCAGGAGGCGCAGAAAUAUUUGGAGGGGUGACUUUAACACAAUGAGACGCACUCUUUUGGAGGAAACCUGGUUGGUCAACACAGAAGAUUCAGACGAAUUUUGGCAGUACUUUCGCGGGAUUAUAGAGCGUCUGAUUGAUUCCCAUUGUCCAAUAAAAAUGACAAGACCACGUAUGCGACCGCCGUGGGUCAAUCCGACGACAAAAAAGACCAUGAAGAAGAAACAGAGACUCUGGAAAAAGUAUUUGCAACUUCGAGAUCCAAGGUCACUCGCCGAAUAUAAGGAUCAGCGCAAUAAAUGCCGCAAAGAAAUACGGGUUGCUAGAAGUUCUUUCGAGCGUCGACUGAUAGCAGAAUCCAUUACAUGUCCCAAGAAGUUUUACGGGUACAUCCGCAGUAGGAGGAAACAUCGGGACGAAAUUGCGUGUCUAAAGGAUAGCCUCGGAAACUUAUUAGUUGAAGGGUCACAGAAAGUGCGAUUACUGUCUCAGUUUUUUCGAUCGGUUUUUACGGAAGAGUCCCUAGAAGACAAUCAGCAGUUUGCAAUGGACCGAGACAGCCGCGAGUUUCAAAUGCGCCAAGAUAUUGCCGUCAUUAAAACCGUCGCCUUUUCCGUGGCAGAAGUCAGACGAGUCCUCAGUCAAAUAAAACCUGAUAAGUCUCCUGGACCCGACGGAAUUCCCGGGCUGAUACUUAAGGAGCUAUCAAGGGAGCUGUCAAAGCCUCUUUCGACUCUCUUUGAGCUGUCAAUGAGAACAGGAAGGCUGCCCUCACAGUGGAAGACAGCUAACCUCGUUCCAUUGCAUAAGGGAGGUAGCAAGAUGACAUCAAGCAGCUUUCGACCUAUUAGCUUAACUUGCCUCCCUUGCAAAACGAUGGAAGCUGUAGUAAAGAACGCUAUACGGCAAUUUUGUGAAGAAAAUAACAUCUUGCAGGAUUUUCAACAUGGCUUCAGGAGAGGACGUUCCUGCCUCUCAAAUCUGCUAGCUUGUCUGGAAAUCUGGACCAGGGCUCUAGAAGAGGGUUUUGAGGUCGAUGUCGUGUACAUCGAUUUCCGCAAAGCUUUUGACACUGUCCCACACCAACGUCUUCUUCACAAAUUGAGCGACAUCGGCAUCCGGGGAGAUCUUCUGAACUGGAUUAGGGCGUUUCUGGUUGGUCGGAAACAACGUGUCUGUAUCGGGGAUGAUAUGUCAGAAUGGGUGAAUGUGACCAGUGGUGUGCCGCAAGGCUCAAUUCUGGGACCAUUGCUCUUCAUCCUUUACGUUAACGACAGCCUUCAGGAACUCGACUGCGGCAAAAUAAUGUUUGCAGACGACGUUAGGCUCUGGCAAGUCAUUAAGGGCCGAAUGAUCAGGGAUCCCUUCAAGAUAAUCUGCACCGACUGCAAGCGUGGUCGAAGAAAUGGCUUCUAGAUUUCAAUGUGGAGAAGUGUGCCGUCCUUCAUCUGCGUCCAACCAACUCUCAUUCAAAUGAGAGUCUGAGGACUUAUCACCUGAAAGAUAUAAGGCUCCCCGCAGAAUUUUCACAGAAGGAUCUCGGGGUUUGGAUACAGAACAACCUGAAACCAACACUGCAGUGCCACAAGGCUGCAAAAAACGCCAUGGGAGUGCUGCAUGCAAUAAAAAGGGCUUUCGUAAAUUUUGACCAAGACCUUUUUGGGAGAGUUUACGGCACAUUUGUUCGGCCCCACUUAGAAUAUGGCAUACAAGCAUGGCGGCCAUGGCUGGUAAAGGACCAAGAAUGCCUCGAACGGGUACAACGGCGUGCAACAAAGCUGGUAAACGGUCUAAAAAGCCAUUCCUACACAGACCGACUGAAUUGCCUUAAUUUAUUCCCUCUGUGUUACAGGCAGCAAAGAGGUGGUCUUAUCCUCUUCUACAAGAUAAUACAUGGCCUUGAGUAUGGACUUAAAUUUGAGGGCAUGUUUCAGUGGCACCUUUCACCCAAUCUUCGUGGUCACUCGAUGAAGUUACGGACAACAAUGUCCAGGCUGAAUCUCCGUUCUGAAUUUCUCACGCAGAGGGUAGUGGAGAAAUGGAACGAUCUCCCUCAGUCAGUCUUGGAGGCUACAUCCCUGCAACUCUUCAAGAAACGCUUGGAUGAUUAUUUGUGUCCCAUGUUUUCCCUCGACAGUCUGAAUCUGAAUUAAUACCCCUGGUCCAGACAAAUAUUUUCUCUGAGUCAAUGCUACUCAAAUGAACCAAGUACUGUUUUAAUAGUGAACAUAUUUUGUUCGUGUACAGUUAUUCUAACGAGCUGGCAUGUAAUCAAUAGGGUUUUCAAAGGCUUUGCCUAUUAUCCUUACCACAUAAACUGAAACUGAAACUGAGAUUUUUAAAUACCAUGAAAUGGUCGUUCAUAAAAUGUCAUAUCCGUAUAUUUACCAAUGUGGCUUGUAAAUUUAACAAUAUGACUCAAAUCCAUUGCCAAAUUUUGUGAACCCGAUAUGAUCUUCUCUUAGCACUGUAGAGAAAUAUAUGGUUUUCCGUACGCGAAAAAUAUACUGCUCGUUGUUCGGAAACGCAAGUGUAACGGCAGGUCGUGUUCAAAAUUAUUCGGGAAUUGGAAAAGCUUUUGAAAACCAAAUUAUACUCCUUCUUCGAGUAUAAAAUUUGGAGAAGACGUAAUUUUCUACUGAAUGAACAAAAGAAUGAAUAUUUUUAUGCAUGUUUUCCAUGCGAUAUAAUUGAAUGCCGUACGGAAUCGGAAAUCAAUGAAAAAAAAACGCAUGCCACAUAAGCAGUAAUUUUUUACAGAUUUGCAGUUUUUACAGUUUUUGCAUGCAGCCGGACGGAAGCUCAUUCGAAAGCUGACAUCCUGAGGUAACUGAAUUAUUAUACAAUUAUGCCGCUUAAUGAUUAGUUUAACAACCCUAUUUAAUUAAUCUUUUCGAAAAGAAAACGCAUUUCGGAAUUUCAGUUGGCAUUUCUUGACUUAGCCCACCUACUCUACCUUACUCCACCCACUACCAUUUUGCGGUUUUUCGGCGACCAAUUCGAUCUUAGCAGUCCUCGCUCUCGCAGAGUCCACCACGGACGUACUUCAUCUCUGAAUCUCCAGUCUUGCUACUUUCACCGAGUUCUAUUGUUAACCAACUGUUGUGAUUUGUCUGUAAUACAGGGAGAAGAAAUGGGUGCCCGUAAAGGACACCUCAAUGAUGGUUUUCAAGUGGGUGCCGGUCCCCGAGGAUCACGCUAAGAAGAGUGCCUUUUGUCGUCCCCAGCCGAACCCCCUUUCAUCAAACAGUGGUAGUAUUUUGCCGAACGCGACGAAACCGCCUGAACUGCGCACGGAGGCCCCUCUACCAGCUAUCACAGCUACCACCGUCGCCUCCACUGCAGUGCGCGAAGAAACCUCAGUCUCUGAAAGUAAAGAGCCAAUGGAUACAUCUGAGGACAAAGGUUUGGCGAUUAUCCCUCUAAGUCUGCACACAUUCUCUUUCCAGUACAUCUCCUCUAUCAAAGACAAUGCACUUCUUUUUGACUUCCUGCAGAAACCACACUCGGUAUAAAAUGACUACUUAAGUAUCUUGCAUUUUUCCUAUUGAUUUUCGAUGGUCUUAUAAAUCCGAAUGUAUUUUAUAGAGAACAUGGAUAAAAAUAUGCGUUCUUUUGCUCAGUUGGUAGGAAAUCACAUUGUCAUCAUAUUUUAUGCCCGAAGAAAGUGUGUAUUUUGGUUUUAAAAGUUUUUAAUUAUGAGAUUUUUAAGACCGUGCGAUGUCCAUGCAUGCAAGACCGCACAUGUCCGUUUGCCAAUGCUCCUUAUGAAAUGUACAACAUAGUCCGGAUCCAUUGCAAAUUUUUUAUGAACCCUAUGUGGUAUCUUCUUAUAGACAUAUAGGAAUCUAUGAUUUUCCUUACGCGGAAAGCAUGCACCUUGUAGACUGAAAUUGCUAAACGCUGAUUGAAUGGCAGAUCCGGCUGGAAAUUAUUAGGGAAUUCGGGAACUUUGUUAAAACCUAAAUACACACUUUCUUCGGACAUAAAAUAUGAAGACAAUGCGAUUUCCCACUAAAUGAGCAAAAUAACACAUAUUUUUGUGCAUGUUCUCUAUAAAAUACAUUUAAAUUUAUAAAACCAUCGAAAAUCAAUAGGAAAAGUGCAUGCUACUUAAGUAGUCAUUUUAUACCGAGUGUGGUUUCUGCAGGAGGUCAACAAGGAAGGCAUUUAAAACCCAAUAUCCCGGUUGUGCUGCAUGAUAAUCAGUAUAACAACCCCACUUGAGUACUCCUUCCUAAUCGGAAAUGCAUUCCAGAAUUUUGGCCAACAUUUCAUUAGAUCGGCCACGCACCGCAUAUUCUCUUUCCAGUACAUCUCUUCUAUCAAAGGCAAUCAGGGCUUAUAGGCAUUACCGCCACUGCCACCAUAUGUGUUUUACAAAGUAGUCGGUUUCGACUUUAUCUACGCCAGCCAAGCUCCACUGAUGGUGUUAUUGACGACUAUGCGAUAACAGUGGCCCGCUUGACGUUUUAGAUUUAGACGAUUUCUCUGGAGGUAGCCGAUUGGCGGAUUAAACAACCGCCUAUCGCUUCGACUGCUGAUCUCGGACUGUUGAUGAACUUUGAGGUUGUCUACUCCUCAAACGUGUCUCAAAUUCCACACUUGCCUAGCAGUGAGGUUGUUCAGACUGAAACAUAACACAAUUUGACCUUUUUUGAUAACGAGGCCUAGUCCUUACUGCUUAUGCGAACUGCUGUUGUCGCACUAUCAUUGUGCACUUCCCAAAAAACCAUAUAGGCUGUUAUCAUGCCUAGUUUAACCAGCUGGGAGGAUAUGGCAGAUAGUGUCCCACUACCCACGAAACCUACAACAGUAGCUCCGGUGAGCACGAGCCGCCCUCCUCUCCGAGUCAGACUAAGUUUUUUGUCUUAACUGCGGUUUCCUACAGGCAAGCAGCGUCGAACUUCUGGAGCCGGACGACGACAAGGUCCAAACAACGUCAGCUGUCUUUCUUGGAUUACCUGGAACAUCCUGACGGUAUUGUCACAGCCUGUGUGGAUCGUAUCAUUCGGGGCGAGGUUGGUAUACUGCGUUUGAAGUGAUGUUCCCAGUCAAAAUGAUCGUAAAUCUCCGACCUCCUCUCAAGACCGUAGUCGAGUCCUUAGAAGAGCGUGAUAGAAGGCUUUUAAAGCGACAUCGUGCAGUUAUCUAACAUACUUCGGCACAGAAGCCUUUAGCCAGUGUGUAGAUCUGAUGUCGACUGUAGCCUUUUUUAAAAUACCUCUUGAUUGGGACCUCUUAGGGCGUCGGGUUAAUAUUUUCAACCACCCAGUGGCCCAACACAACGAAACCAGCAAGCCUCUCCUUUCAAAGAAAAGCCUCACACUGCACUUUUUCUCACCAAUUCUAGACUAUCCUUCGCAGAAUACUUUCGUCCUUGUCGAAAGUUAGCCUGAAAGUGCUAUACCAUAAUUCCAAAAUAUUCGUCAACUUUAUCCUGCUUUGCCGAUCCGAGUCAUGAGUUCCGCUAGUGGUGUACUUCAAAAAGCCAAAACUUUUCGACCGCUACUAACUUUGAACUCGACAAUGCAUCCGGCCGCUUGAACAUGUCCGAAAUACUUAUACAUGAAAGGUCUGGUACAGUGCUCGCUGAGAUGUUGCGUUCAGACGAAAUCGUUGCGUGGCUAAAUGACAUCACGCACUAUGCUGCCGCCAACACCGCAAAUAAUGGGGUCUUCGUAACUCAGUCGUUUUUGUCUUUUGUCCAACCCCAUAGAUGACUAAGACUAGGCUUGUAAGUGCUGAUAGUUCCGUUCUUCGAACGCCUGAAUAGUAGCAUUGUUUUUCACUUAGCUCCCCCGGUGGAAGCGAACAAGCCGUGUGAUGUUCCACCCGUCGUCAGCGAGACUACCGCAACCCCAGAGGUUCGUGAAUAUCCGAACGGAAUGCCCUCUGAAAAUGAAGCUUCAGGUAAAUGUCGGUUGCUUUGUCUCAAUCCAUCACUGCUUUAUGGCGCAUCGCUCUUCUCCUGCCGACCAACCUCAUCGCACUAAAACAUGAUUACUUUAAAGAAACAAGUAGCCAUAUUUCAGAAAUUAUUCGCCGGGUUAAAUGGCCUAAUGACUUUCCUAUGGACCCGAGUGGGCAAGACCUCGUUUUCUUCCCACUACAAUGCAAUUGACAAGCUUUCCCACACUAUUCCUUUUAAUCAAUAGCAUCUGCUUCCCGAAAGGAGCAUUUACCGUUAUCUUCACAUGGUGACUGCGGUGUUUAGGAUGAGUAUGAGUUGUCUUUUUGUCUGACUUUUAGAGGCUAAAAAGAUGUGUGAAGCUGAAAAGGAGGAAGACUCUACACAGCCCUCCGAAGCCUCUAACACACCUGCUGAAAAUUCCGAUGUGACCGCUGCCAGGACCUCUUAG